AUGCUCAUUCUUCCUGAAUCGCCACGUUUCUACGUCAUGAAAGGGAAAAUACCUGAGGCUAACAAAGCACUUGCAAAACUAAGAGGACUUCCACAGGACAAUGAAUAUGUUGAAGCCGAACUUGAGGAGAUUAUUGCAAACUACAACUAUGAAAAUUCCAUAAGCUCGUCGUCCAUUCUAGACUGCUUUAAGCCAACAAAUCAUCAAUUGAAGCGUAUUCUUAUUGGUAUCGCAAUUCAAGGCUUGCAACAGUUGACAGGCAUCAAUUUCAUUUUUUACUACGGUACCCAGUUUUUCCAAAACUCCGGCAUCAAGAAUCCCUUCAUCAUUCAACUUAUUAUGAACGUUGUAAAUGUUGUGAUGACCAUCCCGGGUAUUGCCUUGGUGGAAAUAGCCGGUAGAAGGAAUUUGCUUCUGUGGGGUGCAAUUGGUAUGUGCGUCAGUGAACUCAUUGUUGCUUCGGUUGGUACAGCACUACCAGACAGCUAUUCGGCCAACAAAACCUUGAUUGCAUUUUCUUGUACUUUCAUUGCCUCCUUUGCAUCUACGUGGGGUCCGCUAGCCUGGGUGGUGGUUGGCGAAAUUUUCCCAUUAACCGUUAGAGCCAAAUCUGUUGCUGUAUGUGCUGCUUCUAACUGGUUGUUCAAUUUCGCCAUUGCCUACGCAACGCCAUACCUUGUUGACAGCCAACACGCUAACUUGCAGUCCAAAGUGUUUUUCAUCUGGGGAGGUUGCACAUUCUUGUGUUUCCUAUUCGUCUACUUUUUCAUUUACGAGACCAAAGGUCUCACACUUGAGCAAAUUGACGAACUGUUCGAGUCUUGCCCCAGUGCUCGUCACUCGAAGCGCUUUGUGCCUUCCACUAAUUCUGUCACUCAAAGCGAUAGCUGUUCAGAAUCCGGAAAGGCUGUUGUUGAAGCUAUAGAGAAGGUUUAA